AUGUUACAACCGAAUAGUGAGCAUCGCUUUCGCCGGAGUUGGGCCCACUUCACCCUGAAAGCGGCCUUGUAUGGAUCCUGGGUCCUCGGAAUAUUUCCCUUCACUUUCGACUCCAGGAAAAGGCGACUGCAUAUUUCCAAGUGGCUUUUGGCAUAUGGCUUAAUUCUGAACAUAAGUCUGGUAGUUUUAUCUCUACUGCCAGCCACAGAUGAACACAAUGCCAUAAAGAUAGAGGUGUUUCAAAAAAAUCCACUGGUAAGGCAGCUUGAAACUUUCUUGGACUAUGUAAGCUCCGUGGGCGUAUUUUUAUGCCAUCUACGAUCAUUCUGGAAAAGUAAAGAGUUGGUGGAGAUAUUGAAUGAGCUCCUGACGCUGGAGCACCACCACUUCAACGAGCUCAUCCUCAGGGAUUGUCCUCUGUUCGAUCGGUACGUGAUCCUCAAGGGUCUGACGGUAAUUCUGGAGAUGGCAUCCUCCCUUGUGAUCUACUUUGGAAUGCCGGGUAGUAAUGCGACGGUUCUCGAGGCCGUUUGCAUCUACCUUUCCCAGUUGUCGAUUCUCAUGGUCGUGAUGCACUUUCACCUGGCAUUGAUCUAUAUUUAUCGGUUGGUGUGGAUUAUCAAUGGGCAACUCCUGGACAUGGCCACUAAACUUAGAAGAGGCGACAGUGUGGACUCCGAGCAGGCUAAACGGCUCCUUUUCCUUUACUCCCGUGUUUUUGACCUGAACUGCCGCCUCGCAAAAGUAUACGACAUCCAGAUUACAAUUUUUAUGCUCGUUAUAAUGUCAGCAAACAUAAUUUUGAGCCACGUGCUGGUCAUCUUUUGGUUCAACAUCAAUACUUUCUUUAUGCUUAUCCUGAUUUUGUUCUUUCCCCAAGCAUUGAUUAUAAACUUUUUUGAUCUUUGGAUGAGCAUAGUCUCCUGUGACUUGCCCGAAAGAACGGGCAGGAAAACCGCACUGAUCUUGAAGUUGUUUAACGAUAUUGAAGUCAUGGACGAGGAACUUGAAAGAUAGAUAUCUGAGUUUACCUUAUUCUGCAGUCAUCGCAGGUUGAAAGUGUGCCAACUCGGAAUGUUCGACAUCAACUUUGAGAUGGGCUUUCGCAUAAUCAUCACCAACAUUUUAUGCGUACUUUUUCUGGUGCAAUUUGAUUACAUGAAUUUGAAGUUCAAAUAA